UGAUCUGUCUGCUCUUCAACAGCUGAGACUGUACAGAACACAAUUAUGCGGUGCUACAAGCCUUGGCAGAUCUAUGCCAUGAUAUUAGUGCUUACACUACUUCAUGACCGGAUUUCUGCGCAGUUUCCUCGUCAGUGUGCAACUCCAGAGGCAUUGCUUAGUGGGGAGUGUUGCCCAGGUCUCUUCCCUCAGGCAUCACAGGAUCCAAGGGACCAGUGUGGCUUCUCUGUCGGUCGUGGUCUGUGUGUGAAUGUUGUAGUUGACACCAGACCUCAUGGACCCCAGUAUCAACUUGAUGGCCUGGAUGACCGGGAACAGUGGCCGAUACGAUUCUUUAACAGGACUUGUCUGUGUAAUGGCCGGUUUUAUGGUUAUAAUUGUGGCAGCUGCAGACCUGGAUGGACAGGGGACAACUGUGACCAACCCCUUGUGGUCGUAAGAAGGAAUAUCCUGGACCUACGUGCUGAGGAGCAACAACGCUUUAUAAAUGCACUUGAUCUGGCAAAAAGGACCAUGCACCCAGACUACGUCAUUGCUACACGACACUACAAUGCACUUAUAGACCAAGAAAGGAACACAACAAACUUUGAAAAUAUUUCCAUAUAUGACUUCUUUGUUUGGACCCACUUCUACAGUGUUAGCGAAACCUUUCUCGGCCCAGGUCAAGGAAGUGUUGGUGGCAUUGACUUCUCUCAUGAGGGUCCAGCUUUCCUUACAUGGCACAGAUACCACUUGAUGCAACUUGAGUGGGACAUACAGAACCUUUUACAGGAUCCUUCUUUCGCUCUUCCCUACUGGAAUUUUGCCAUUGGUGGAAAUGAGUGUGACAUUUGCACAGAUAACCUAAUGGGCGCAAGAAGCAAUUUUGAGCAAAAUUUGUUAAGUCCAAACUCUAUAUUCUCUCGUUGGCAAAUUGUGUGUGAAUAUGUAGAAGACUACGAAAAUCUUGGUACUAUAUGCAACAGCACAGUUGGUAGCCAAAUAAGAAGAAACCCUGCUGGAAACACUGACCGUCCAAUGGUGCAGAGACUUCCAGAAAUGGAAGAUGUGUUGGCCUGCUUGGAGGUGAAUUUAUUUGAUACUCCUCCAUUUUUCUCAAACUCCUCUGACAGCUUUCGGAAUACUAUUGAAGGAUACAGUGAACCUUCUGGGCAAUAUAAUCCAACUGUAAGAAGUCUUCAUAACCUAGCUCACCUAUUUCUGAAUGGAACUGGAGGCCAGACUCAUGUAUCACCCAAUGAUCCAAUGUUUGUUCUACUUCAUACAUUCACUGAUGCCGUGUUUGAUGAAUGGCUGAGAAGACAUAGUUCAGACUUCACUGAAUAUCCACUAGAAAAUACGCCUAUAGGCCACAACAGAGAAUACAAUAUGGUUCCUUUUUGGCCACCAGUUACCAAUAACGAAAUGUUUGUAUUGGCACCUGAAAAUCUGGGAUAUUCCUAUGAUGUCCAAUGGCCUAGUCGUGCUUUGAGCAGUACAGAAAUAAUAACCAUAGCAGUGAUAGCAGCUUUAGGCCUUGUGGCUAUAAUCUUCGCUAGUGCCACAUGUGCUGUGCGACGAAGGAGCCAGAAGAAUGAGGUGUUGCAGCCACUGCUUGGUGAAACAUACCCACGUUAUGCUGAAGACAAAGAAAAUACUCAAUCAGUGUGAAAUAUAGAAUACCACUUUAUUAUUCUAGAAUCUGUAAUUGCUUUUAAGUGCUUAGAGAUCCUACCUGGCCUUGGUGUCUAGCAGUAAUGUAGUCCUCAUUGAACUGCAAUACUGUAGGCCUGUUUACAACUAAAUGCUGAGUCUUUUGUGACUUAGGACUACUAAAUUGGGCUUGCUAUUAGUUGUAAAGUGGUCCACUUCUGUUUGUACGGUGUGUUGCUAAUAAAAAUUAAACAAUGUUACAUCUUGAAA